UAAGCCGCUAAAUAUCGAUACAAAGUUAGUAUAAAAGUGCUAGUGAUCGACAACGCUUUAUUUUUCUGCGGGUCCGGUCAUAAGGAAGAAAUUUAGUUGUCGUUGGAAAUUUCGUGAUUCAAAGUUCCAAUCACAAGUAAAUUCGCGAACAUGUUUCGCAUUUUUAUACUAAUCGUCGCGAUCUCUUUGAUGAUCGACGCGAAAUUGCACAGGAUAUCAUUAUACAAGAUGAAAUCUUCUCGAUACAUUUUGAAGAAUAUUCCAAAAGUUUCUAUGAUCGAAGAUGGACCUAAUCCAAGGGUAAAUUUAUGCAAAUAUAUAAAUGCUCAGUAUUACGGUAAUAUUACUAUCGGAACUCCGCCGCAGAAAUUUAAAGUAGUGUUUGAUACUGGUUUCGCAAAUCUUUGGAUACCAUCCAGAAAGUGCAACGUUUCUUAUAGCAAUUUUUGCGACACGCAUCCGAAUUAUGAUAGUAAAAAAUCUAGUACAUAUAUAGAAAAUGGUACUGAGAUUAACAUUAACACUGGCAAAGGAAUUAUUAGAGGAUUUGUAUCUACUGAUGUAGUGACAAUUGCCGGUCUCAAUGUUAACAAUCAAUCAUUUAUAGAAGCAACAUACGUGCCAGACCUUGCGGUCUUUCGAGCGCAUUAUGAUGGUAUUUUAGGCAUGAGUUAUGCCUCUAUAGCUAAUGGCGGAGUAAGACCUGUGUUCGACAAUAUGAUACAUCAAAACCUAGUGUCAAAACCCAUUUUCAGCAUUUACUUGAAUAGAAAUCUUUCAGACCAUGUCGGUGGUGAUUUAAUAUUGGGUGGUACCGAUCCCGAUCUUUACGAAGGCGAGUUGACGUAUGUUCCUGUUACUGAGAAAAGAUACUGGCAAUUUGCUAUGAAAGAGAUCACAGUACGUAAUUAUACCUUCUGCGCGAGUGGCUGUCAAGCUAUCGUUAAUACAGGCAGCCCAUUUUUAUUUGGACCUCGUGCGAACAUUUCUAUUAUUAAUGACCUUAUUGGAACUUAUGUCUUUGGUGGAGUAAAUUUUUUACUCUGUGACACGAAAAACUCUACUAAUAUGCCAGUAAUCAGUUUUUCUAUACGUAAUAAAGUGUUCAAUCUUACCAGUGAUGAUUACGUCCAACCGAUAUCAACACUAAAUAAGGUGAUAUGUUACUCCGGUUUUCAAGCGCAUGACUCUAAUGAAAAUGUCUUUUUAAUCGCAAAUAAAUUCGCAAACAUGUUUCGCAUCACUUUUAUGCUGAUCGUCGCAAUCUUUGUGAUCAUCGACGCAAAAUUGCACAGGAUAUCAUUAUACAAGAUGAAAUCUUCUCGAUACAUUUUGAAGAAUAUUCCAAAAGUUUCUAUGAUCGAAAAUAGCACUAAUCCUAGGGUGCCUUUAUGCAAAUAUAUAAAUGCUCAGUAUUACGGUAAUAUUACUAUCGGAACUCCGCCGCAGGAAUUUAAAGUAGUGUUUGAUACAGGUUCCGGAAAUCUUUGGAUACCAUCCAGAAAGUGCAACGCUUUUUAUAGCAAUUUUUGCGACACGCAUCCGUAUUAUGAUAGUAAAAAAUCUAGUACAUAUAUAGAAAAUGGUACUGAGAUUGACAUUAACACUGGCAAAGGAAUUAUUAGAGGAUUUGUAUCUACUGAUGUAGUAACAAUUGCCGGUCUCAAUGUUAACAAUCAAUCAUUUAUAGAAGCAACACACGUGCCAGACCUUGCGGUCCUUCGAGCGCAUUAUGAUGGUGUUUUGGGCAUGAGUUAUGCCUCUAUAGCUAAUGGCGGAGUAAAGCCUGUGUUCGACAAUAUGAUACAUCAAAACCUAGUGUCAAAACCUAUUUUCAGCAUUUACUUGAAUAGAAAUAUUUCAAACCAUGUUGGUGGUGAUUUAAUUUUGGGUGGUACCGAUCCCGAUCUUUACAAAGGCGGGUUGACGUAUGUUCCUGUUAUUGAAACAGGAUACUGGCAAUUUCCUAUGAAAAAGAUCACAGUACGUAAUUAUACCUUCUGCGCGGGUGGCUGUCAAGCUAUGGUUACUACAGGCAGCUCAUUUUUAUUUGGACCAUUAUCGAACAUCUCUAUUAUUAAUGACCUUAUUGGAACUUAUGUCUUUAAUGGAGUAAAUUUAUUACUUUGUGACAAAAGAAACUCUACUAGUAUGCCAGUAAUCAGAUUUUCUAUAGGUAAUAGAGUGUUCAAUCUUACCAGUGAUGAUUACGUCCAACAAAUAUCACCACUAAAUAAGAUGAUAUGUUACUCCGGUUUUCAAGAGCAUGACUCUAAUGAAGAUGUCUGGGUUCUAGGAGAUGUAUUUCUUGGCCGUUAUUAUAGCGUGUAUGAUUUUGAAAAAAACCGAGUAGGAUUUGCCCCAGCGAAAUAAAUGUCGAUUGCUAUUUCUUAAAAUUAUAUAACAAGACAUCGCAUUAAAUAACUUCGCCAAUAAUUUGGUAACCUUUUAUGGUUUUUUAAUGUUUAUUGACUUGUAGUUUUUAUCUAUAAUAUCUUGAUAUAUUGUUAUAAACGAAUUUAUACGUUUUAAAGAAUUAAAAAGAACAUA